UUUACAUUUUCUAUGGGUCCUGACUGAGAGUGUGUGAGUGUGUGUGAGUGUGUGUGUGUGUGUGUUCCAGCUAUUGAGCAGUUUCUCUAAAGCAAGCAGAGUCUCAGCAGACAGACACACCUCAGAGCAGAGAAGAAGAAGUGGAGACGCACUGAUGUGGCCUCAACCACUUUGUCAUUUUUAAAUAUUAAACAAGUCGAGUUGGAGAAGUCGCGUCGGGGUUGACUUUGAGAUCCGUGUGACCCUGGUCUAUCACUGUCACCGGGGAGGAGUGUCAUGGCGGAGCCCGACUACCUGGAUGGAGACUGUGAUGAGCUCAUCAAACCCAAGAAGCUGAUCAACCCGGUCAAGAACUCCCGUAAUCACCAGGACCUGCACCGAGAGCUGCUCAUGAACCAGAAGAGGGGUCUGGCUCCUCAGAACAAACCGGAGCUCCAGAAGGUUCUGGAGAAGAGAAAGAGGGAGCAAGUUCUCAAGGCCCAGAAGGAGGAGCAGGAGGCCCACAAAAAGAGGAGCGACCUGGAAAUAGAGCUCAUGAAAAGACAACAGAAACUAGAGCAGCAGGAGCUGGAGCUACAGAAAGAUGAGGAGGAACAGGAGAACACCCCCGAGUUUGUGAAGAUGAAGAGCAACCUGCGCAGGACCAAGCAGGAGACCGACGGGGAAGAACGGACCACCUAAAAACCAGCAGGGGUGUCUGGGUCUGGCUGAUUGUGCGCGUGUUUGUGGGCACAGAGACUUCGGGAGUGUGUGUACAAAAGAGAGAGAGAGUAUGUUGUCUGUGGUGCACGGUGGUGACCUGACCGUGGUCCGAGAUGAACUUCCUGGCUUUCCCGACCUAGCUGUUCCUUCCCGCAGUGAGGAGAGAGACUUUACAGACUAAAGACCCCCCCUCUGUCUGCCUGCCAAGGACCGCCAGUACUCACCUCUGCUCCUCGCACCCAUCCAGCAGCAUACAGCACCCCCUGCAGGAGGGACCUAACACAGACAUGUUACAUGUUGAAACGCCUUCCAGCGAAGGGCGAGCAAGCUUCCAAUGAGCUCUGAUGGAGAAAACAACCAAACACACACACACACACACACAGGAGUUUUCAUCCCCUCUGUUUUCACUCCUCUCUCCACAGCAAGCUGUCGUUUCUCUUUACUGUUAUCGAUGUUGUUAUUGUUGUUGUUGUUUUUCUUUGUUCUCAUCUUCAGAAUCAAAUAAGGAAAAGUGGACACUGGAUGGACUCUUGAAGCUGUGUAAUGUAAAAGCCAAACAAAUGUGCUUUUGUUAUUUAUGUUUGUAGCUUUUAGCCCGGGUAUAGGGGAGGACACUUUUAGUCGUUCUGUAUUUUAGUUUGUUUUACAGCAUAGUUUAUGAAGCCAGAACAGGACAAAGGGAGUGUAUGGUUGUGUGAAACACUCACGUUUGCUUUAUUUUCUUUUCUUUUUUUUAUUCCGAAACAUGCCAUUUCCUCAGCUAAUGCAAUUUUGAGCAAUAGUAGAACUCCCAGGCAUGAGAGUGACCUUUUCUUUAUAUCUUCUGUUGUUUUGUAUGAAUAAAAGUGUUACUUAAUAAAUAAUUUAAGUUUUUGUUAGGGUGGUCAAUAAGAAUAAGCCUUGGUCAGUCUUGUCUCGUGUGCUUUCAUAAACAAAGGGUUCGGUAGGAAGCGUACACGUGUAGGCCACCUGUCACAAAAGAUAUUGAUUAGCAGUUCUUGGGAUAUCCGUGUGGCUCCUGAAACAACUCUGAUAAGCGUCCUGGAACUUUAUCACUUCAGAAUUCAGUCUUUAUUUACAAUGGAGCUAUAGAUAAUUUAAAUCAGUGAAUCUGAAUUAAAGUGGUCGUUAUAUCUGCAAAACAAUUUAACUAGCCUAUGAGGCCACACGUUCCAAAAUGGUUACACAAUGUGAGGAACUGUGAUAACGUUUGGAUGUUAAAGUGCACAUGUAGUCGUUAUUUAAAUAUCGCACGCAAUAAUAUUAUGGGUCUAAAAUUCUGGUGUGUGGGUCUCCAAGAGAUGACAGCUAUUAUUCUGACGGGAAGAAGCAGAUUUAUAACAUCAUAACUGUGUGUUCUUCUCCAGAAUCUCCUUUUAAAUAAACAUCAUUUUAACACUCA